AAGUAUACAUUUUAAUAUGAUGUAUCCUUGUACUUUUUACAGUGAUUUUACAUCUCAAAAUCAAGGAGUAUGGUAAAUACUUGGGUAGAGUUAAUAUGAGGAUCAGAUGAUACAUUCAAGGACCUAGAAAAACUGUGGAUCAGAGGGGCAGGUGUUGCAAGGUGGAGUACAAUGUGCCUGGCUUAAAAACCCAUCAUCUUAGAUGAGUGAAAACUACUGAGAGAAAAGUCAGUUACAAGGAACGUAUGCCAGGUUUUGAGAGCAGCUUUUCCACAUGAAACACUCCACCUCUCAUAGCUGUCUAAUCUUGAUCUAUAGAUGACCAUCCUAAACGCCACCACCUUCAGGAAGUGGUCUCUGGUUAUACGAAAAGAUGUAUAUGGAACCUAAUUAUAAAGCGAUAAAACCGGUAAGUGAAUGAUGAAUUUUAUCACUAAAGUCAUCCUCGCUCCUCUUCUAGCCUCAGUUUCUUUAAAAUGAAAGGAAGCAGUGGUUUAGCUGAUCUCUUCCUUUUAUAAUUUCUGCCUUAACUUCUUCAGACUUCUGCUAAGGCUCCUUUAAAAAGCAAAUUUCCUUCCUCAAACCUGUAGGAGGCGGCUCCUCUGCGCUGGCAGCUCGGCAGGGCGGGGUGAGGAAGCUCGAGAAGAGGCCGGGGCUAAGAGGAAAGCGCCGCGCUCGGUCACGUGACUUCCUUCCCAGGGAGCCACAGCUCCUGGCCUCUCAGCAACCGGUGCGUCCCGCCUAACGACGUCCGUGCAUCCCGGUUGGUUCUCCGGGGCGGUUGUGGCAAAUAGGCACCCACGGUCGCACUGCUCAUUGGUUUAGACUUCCGUCGCUCAGACUCGUUGCCCGGGCGCCUGCGGGCGGUGCUUCUGGAAGCCACUCCCAUUGGCCGCCGGGUUCGUGGCUGGCUGGCCGGAGCUGUCACUCCCGGGCCGUUUCCCUGAGAUCGGCGCUCUGCUGGGGGCGGGAGGAAGAGGGGCCGGACUGGGGCCUGACGAGCCGUCGCUGUCUUCCAGGCUGGUAUGACCAGCGGGCGAGGCGCCCUCCGCAGCUCCGUACAUCGCUAGUCGCGGCCGUGCGCCCGCGGUAGCCGUCUGAAUCCCCAGCGCGGCCGCUCCCGCGGCCCCCUCUGCUCUUCCAGCGCCGCCUGCAAGGCGAGGAAGGCAGAAUGAAGAUGACCGUGGAUUUCGAGGAGUGUCUGAAGGACUCGCCCCGCUUCAGGGCUGCUUUAGAAGAAGUAGAAAGUGAUGUGGCAGAGUUGGAACUAAAACUUGAUAAGCUUGUGAAGCUUUGUAUUGCCAUGAUUGAUACUGGAAAAGCCUUUUGUGUUGCAAAUAAACAGUUCAUGAAUGGGAUUCGAGACCUGGCUCAGUAUUCUAGUAAUGAUGCUGUAGUUGAGACAAGUUUGACCAAGUUUUCCGACAGUCUUCAAGAAAUGAUAAAUUUCCACACAAUCCUGUUUGACCAAACUCAGAGAUCAAUUAAGGCACAGCUUCAGAACUUUGUUAAAGAAGAUCUUAGAAAAUUCAAAGAUGCCAAGAAGCAAUUUGAAAAAGUCAGUGAAGAAAAAGAAAAUGCAUUAGUUAAAAAUGCCCAAGUACAAAGAAACAAACAGCAUGAAGUUGAAGAAGCCACAAACAUUCUGACAGCAACAAGAAAAUGUUUUAGACAUAUAGCCCUUGACUAUGUACUUCAGAUUAAUGUUCUUCAAUCAAAAAGGAGAUCAGAAAUCCUAAAAUCAAUGUUAUCCUUUAUGUAUGCCCAUUUGGCCUUCUUUCAUCAAGGAUAUGAUCUGUUUAGUGAACUUGGGCCCUACAUGAAAGACCUUGGAGCACAGUUGGAUCGACUGGUUGUGGAUGCAGCAAAAGAGAAAAGAGAGAUGGAGCAAAAACAUUCCACCAUCCAACAAAAGGAUUUCUCCAGUGAUGAUUCUAAGUUAGAAUAUAAUGUAGAUGCUGCGAAUGGCAUUGUUAUGGAAGGAUAUCUGUUCAAACGAGCCAGCAAUGCCUUCAAAACAUGGAACAGGAAAAAGCCCGAUCAUAUCAGACGCUGGUUUUCAAUACAGAACAAUCAGUUGGUUUACCAGAAAAAGUUUAAGGAUAACCCCACUGUAGUAGUUGAAGAUCUUAGGCUCUGCACAGUGAAACAUUGUGAAGACAUAGAACGACGAUUUUGCUUUGAGGUGGUCUCUCCCACAAAAAGUUGUAUGCUCCAGGCAGAUUCUGAAAAGCUGCGCCAGGCAUGGAUUAAGGCUGUUCAGACCAGUAUUGCUACUGCUUAUAGAGAGAAAGGUGAUGAGUCAGAGAAGCUGGAUAAGAAAUCAUCUCCAUCCACAGGAAGCCUAGAUUCUGGAAAUGAGCCAAAAGAGAAAUUAUUAAAAGGAGAAAGUGCACUGCAGCGGGUCCAGUGUAUCCCUGGCAAUGCCAGCUGUUGUGACUGUGGUCUGGCAGACCCACGGUGGGCAAGCAUCAACUUGGGCAUCACCUUAUGUAUUGAGUGCUCCGGAAUUCACCGGAGUCUUGGGGUUCAUUUUUCUAAAGUAAGAUCUUUAACUUUAGACACCUGGGAGCCAGAACUUUUAAAGCUUAUGUGUGAGUUGGGGAAUGAUGUUAUAAAUCGAGUUUAUGAAGCUAAAGUGGACAAAAUGGGAAUAAAGAAACCACAACCAGGACAAAGACAGGAGAAGGAGGCAUAUAUCAGAGCAAAAUAUGUGGAGAGGAAAUUUGUGGAUAAAUAUUCUAUAUCAUCAUCACCUCCUGAGCAGGAAACAAAGAUUGUCUCCAAAAGUUAUGAAGAAAAGAGGCUGAGCAUUUCCCAACUUGGGCCAGCUGACCAAGUCAGAGCAUCUGCCCAAAGUUCAGUCAAAAGUAAUGAUAGUGGAAUCCAGCAGAGCUGUGAUGAUGGAAGAGAAUCUUUACCGUCCACAGUGUCAGCCAAUAGUUUAUAUGAACCUGAAGGAGAAAGGCAAGAUUCUUCCGUGUUUCUGGACUCUAAACAUCUUAAUCCAGGACUGCAGCUUUACAGGGCUUCAUAUGAAAGAAACCUUCCCAAAAUGGCUGAGGCUUUGGCUCAUGGUGCAGAUGUGAACUGGGCUAAUUCAGAGGAAAACAAAGCAACACCACUUAUUCAGGCUGUAUUAGGGGGCUCUUUGGUGACAUGUGAGUUCCUCCUACAGAAUGGUGCUAAUGUGAACCAAAGAGAUGUCCAAGGGCGGGGACCAUUGCACCAUGCCACCGUCUUAGGGCACACAGGGCAGGUAUGUUUAUUCCUAAAACGAGGUGCCAAUCAGCAUGCCACUGAUGAAGAAGGGAAAGACCCUUUGAGCAUAGCUGUGGAAGCAGCCAAUGCUGAUAUAGUAACCUUGUUACGUUUAGCAAGAAUGAAUGAAGAGAUGCGGGAAUCAGAAGGACUUUAUGGACAGCCAGGUGAUGAAACUUACCAGGACAUUUUUCGUGAUUUUUCCCAAAUGGCAUCCAAUAAUCCAGAAAAACUAAAUCGUUUCCAACAAGAUGCACAGAAAUUCUGAAUUUUUUUUAAAAAGGGGAAAACACAAAAUUUGGUGACCCCACAAUGUAUACGGAUGAAAAUAUUCACAAAUCUUACGGCUUUUGUUCUACUUAAUUUUGGUAGCUAGUGAGUGGUUUGGAAAGAAGGUACCCAUUCACUGAUAUUUUUAUAAAUGAAAAUAUAGAUCUCUAGUUGUUGGGAGAGGACUUCUUUUAUUUUAAAAAGGCCUAUUUAAAGGGCUAUUUUUUAUAGAUAAAAGUUGAAUCUAGAUUUAGGCCAUCUCUAGGUAUCAAGAUACUGAGAGAUUAGAUAAAAUCUCAUUUUUUGCCAGUGAGUGAUAGCAUUGAUUGUUUUUUUUUUUUUUUUAAUGCAUCUUGCCCAGGAUCAUUCAGUCAAGUGGGAGCCAACUGUCCUGUCUGCUUCAAGAGUUUUUUUUUUUUUAGCUUCCCUGAUUUUUGGUGGUUCAGAAAUAGGGGAGGGGUGUGUGUGUGUGUGUGUGUGUGUGUGUGUGUGUGUGUGUGCGCGGUAGCUAAGCUAUACACAUAAUAUGUGAUGUAAUUAUUAGAACUUGAAAAUCCCCAUUUGCUGAUAAAUGCAGUUAUACUCCUUAGAUGAUAUGUUAUUAUAUUGUCCAGUACUUUAACAUACAUACAUACAAUGACUGUAUAGGUAUAGGCCGUAGUUCAGUCCUUUACAUUUAUUCCAUCUUAAGAAGCAAAAAGAAACUUGUACUUUUUCAAAUCACCAGAAGGAUCCCAGUUCAGAAGUUGUACUUCUUUGUCGGUGGGUUGAUUGCCUAAAAUUUUGACAAGUUUAUUGAUGUAAUAAAACUGUGUUUCAAAGAUUACUUCAAUGUUGCAAAAUUAUGCUUUCAUCAAAACUUAACUUUCCAAGGAGAAAUUGAUUUAUAAAAAUAAUAUAGGACAUUUUUAUGUCCUUUAAAAGAUACAUUUUUGUUGUUGCUUCUAGUGAAAGAAAAAUUUCUCUGUACAAAGAAACUCCCACUUUUUCUUAGUUUAUACUAAAAUAUACAGCAAUAAAUUGCUUUUUAUUUUUUCUAUAUCUAUCCUGUGUACUUGUACACAGUGUACAUUCAUUUAAAUUAUAUCAUGUAUAUAGCUAUAGUAUUUGGCUUUGUGAAUCAAACCCUUGAAUUAUAAAAUAUUAUGGAUAUACUUUUUAUCAUUUAUAUGCUACAAAUUAGUCUGAUUCUAUCUUUGAUUGACAUGUCUUAUCUUGACUAUAUAGAUAACUGUGCUGUAUGGUUCCUUCCUAAUGUUGUCACCAAUUUAAUCUUUUAGAAAUUAGAUGUAAGUAAUAACAUGUAUUAUUGAUAUUCUUUCUAAAUGAAAGAGAUCUUUAAAUUUAUAAAAGAGAAAUUAUAUUUACUUGGAUAGAUAAUAAAUUUCCAAACAUUUCACCCCCCAAAACUAGAGUUGUAUAAAUUGAUUAAGCAUCAAAUCAGAAUCCAUCUAAACAGGAAUUAUACUGAAAUAAGUUCACAUUACAGAAAAAGGUCCAGAAUUUGGCCAAAUUAUAUGCAUGUAAUGCUUAUUAAUAAUGGUCACUAUAUUAUAUUAGAUAAGGAUAUAAAAUGUAUUUGUAAAUGAUUUUUUAUGAAAUGCUAACUUCUAAAGCAUUGAAUUACAACAAUAGGAACAUUAAGUCUUUCCUGUUUCACCUCAAAGUCACAGAUCAUCACUUUAUCCAAAAGGCAAAAGUCCAAUUUGUGAUUUUUAUUAGAGUAUACUUUGUAAUUAAUUGUCUAAAAGGGUCAAGGAAAAGAAAAGAUGUUAAAAUAAACAGAAAGGAAGAAAUAGAAGAGAAAGCCUCACUUUUCCUUUGUAGUGCCUGUUGCUGUUUUCCUAGGUCUUUACUCCUAACGAUCCUGACUAACCUUUGAGGAAGUCUAGGUAGUUUUCCUUAGGAAUCUGGCCAUUGGUGCUUCUCAUCACCCCUAGGAUCUCUGUGGCUGUGAAGGCAAUUCCUUAUGACAUUCUUACCUCCUGUGGCUUGAGUCAUGAAUUGUUAAUGUGACAGUAAUUAUUGUCUACUUAAAUUUAAUAGAGAUAUUGAAGUGCCCUAAAGGUGAUCAUAGUUCUGAGUAUCUUAAGAGAAAGUUAAAUCUUUAAUAUUGCAGGGAGACUGGCAGUAUAAAAAUACACUUCUGUGGCUUGUUUCCUUGAAUGUGCCAAGAUCCAAUUUGAAUUAAAUGUGGCAGAAUUGAUGGAGUAAACAGCAAGGCUUUAAAUUAAUAGUUACAAGGUAGGUUGGCUCUAAGGUGACUUUAGCUGCGUCAACUAAUAGCGUUUAUAUAGUAUAUAACAAAUCUGCGUUUUGUUAUGCUGUGAAUUAUUCAGUGUGUUGUGAGGAAUUGUUGUGUAAACAAUGUUAAUUAUACUAUACUCUUGAGUUUCAUUAGUCAGUGUUACUGCCCUUUGUUUUCUUUCCAUAACUCAUCUGCUAUUAUUAGUUUUUUAUUCCUUCUUAUUAAUCUGUUAGCUCAUUAUAAUUAGCUCACUAACUUAAAAAUUAGAUUCAUAUCAAAAUAAGAAUGGCAGCACUGUGAGAGUUCAUAACAUGCAUUUUCCACAUUAGAUCUAGAAUAAAGGUAAUUGAGCAGUUAUUUGCAACACUUCAUUGCAACAUUUGUGUGACAUAUUUAGGAUUUCUAAAAUCAUCUUUUUAAAUAUAAUCCUUAGAAAUUCAGAAAUUUCCCAGGAUUUACUACAUUAUGGUGUUUGCCUGGUUUUCACUGUGGAUUUUAAUGAACUUGGUGUUUACUUUCAUAGACGUAUGGGUUUAAAUUGUAAUAUGUACUUUGGUUCCACAUGAGAACAUUUUGACAAAAAAAAAAAAAAAAGGAAGUUAUAUCUUCACAGUCUUGCCAACUUAUGUUAGUGAUAUGUUAUCAGUAUUUAAAAAAUAUAUUUUAUACAUGUUAAAUGUGGUCAUGAUAAAUGAAAUUGUAUUUAAAACUAAAUUUACUACCCAUUUUGAAUAAUCAGACAUUCCAAGAUCACUUAGAUUAUCAAAUCAAUACUUCUGUAUAAUAGCACUUUGGACCAGGGACAUCAGCUGGAAAAUGAUGUAUUUUUAUAGAAUUGUAUGUCCAGAAUGACUUCAGAAUGGCAUGAUAUAGUGAAAGAGCACUGGACUAGUAGUCACUACCCUUUUUGGAUUCAGAGCUCCUCACAAAUACAAUGAGUGGAAUGAAACAAGGUGAAAGUAUAAACCAUCCUUUCGUAUACUGUUCUACUGCUUACAGUAUACUUGGCAUUGCUUUAUCUCACCUGAUUCUCACAGUAGGAAUUCUGAAAUCUCUGAGCUACAACAUUAUCUGCUUUUUUUGAUCCUAGUGUGUUCCUCUUCUACAGUGGAAGGUUUUCUCUUUGCUAGUUGGUGGCAGAGUUAACACCAUAACCCAGGAAUGACUACUACUUAGCAGCACUUUACUUGUAUCAUGAAAUGAUUUAAAAUCAUUGUAAAGUAGCAAAAAUCUGAUAAUGACUACCAGCUUUCCUUGUGUUUUAAUAACAAAGACUCCAAAUAUUGUGAAGAACCUGGAUGUAAGGUUUGAAGGAAUAGAUUGGGAUUUGAAGACAUCAAAUUGUAGGAAAUUUGACAUGUUUGCAGUAAGAAACAAUAGCAGCAAAACAUUAUAAUUUUAAUUCACAUGUACAUGUACCUAUCUGUUUCUUGAUGCUUCCAAAUAAUAUCUAUAAAUAUGGUUUUAUAGACAUAGUUUUCAGUUUAUAUAAAUUUAUCUACUUAAAGUGGGAUCAUGUGGGGAUAACGCAGUUUGACUAAACUGUACUCUGCAUUGGUGUUUUCACUAUCUUAUUUUCUAAAUUUUCUUAUUUUUCCAUAACCACCUCCAUCCUCUAUUUUUUCAGUAUUAAUUUUCAACAGAGAAAGCUUGGUACAUUAUAAAGAUUGUUGGCACCAUUUAUUUUACACAAAGGCUAAAGGUUAACUUUUGGAAAUGAGCUAUUUUCUAUUUGUGUUUACUUGUGAUUUGUGAUAUUUCUGGAUCAUUCCAGUUAUAAAGACUUAUUAUAUGUGAUAUUUCUUGUUACCUGUCAAGGUAUAUUUUAAAGAAUGUAUAACCAACAGUCCAUUCACUUUUUAUUAGUAUGUAGAGGAUUUGUAUCUAACUCCUCAAUGUAGUUUGACUGUAGUUUGUCAUUGUAAAUGGAGCAAAGUGCAUUAUCUUUGUAGUUAUUCUAAAAUGUACAUUAUGUAAGAAUUGUAAAUAUUAUUCUUGAUUAAGUACUUUGUAUGCUGAGAAAUCACAAUAAUAAGUCAAUAAAAAUCUCACCUCUGGCGUAGUUCUUU